CAACUGCAGGGUUGGGGUGACGUCAGCUUCCAUGGAUCCCGACAAAUCCGCACGCCCAACAUCGACGCCCUGGCCGCGGACGGCAUCGUGCUCGACAACCACUAUGUGUCGCCCCUGUGCACACCAUCCAGGGCGACGCUCCUCUCCGGCAGGCACCCAAUUCACACGGGGCUGCAGCACAAUGUAAUCUAUUCGGCGAUGCCAUACGCUUUCCCUCUCCAUUUUAAGCUGAUGCCCGAAUAUUUCAAGGCACUGGGAUAUGAGUCGCAUGCUGUGGGAAAGUGGCAUUUAGGUCACAUGACCAGGAACCACACACCGACACGUCGGGGCUUCGAUUCCUUCUACGGCUACUACAGCGGUCACCAUGGCUACACGGAUCACUCAGCCUUCGAGGAGUACAUGGACGAUCCCAAGGAUCAAUGGACAGGCUGGGGUAUGGACCUUUGGCACAAUCUCGAAGCUGAUAGGUCCAAGUCGGGAAAUUACACCACGCAACUGUUCACGGAGAAGGCGAUUGAAAUACUGAAGAAUCGGGACCGUAGUAAGCCAUUAUUUUUGUAUCUCGCUCACCUGGCCGUUCACGUGGGGAACUUCUAUGCACUCUUUGAGGCACCGGACAGAUAUAUCGAGUUGAACAGACACAUCAAGAACAACAAGAGACGACAUUUUGCCGCAAUGCUGUCUGCGCUGGACGAUUCCAUUGGCCAGUUGGUGGAAGCCCUUAACGCCACGGACGCGAUUCAAGACACCAUCAUUGCUCUGACGACGGACAACGGCGCGGCAACGGGGGGCAUUGACAGCAGCGCCGGAUCCAACUGGCCCCUUCGCGGUACGAAGGCGAACCACUGGGAAGGAGGAGUGCGGGGAAUAGCUCUCCUCUGGAGCCCCAUGAUACGUCAGCCCAGGGUGUCUCGCCAGCUGAUGCACGUAUCUGAUUGGCUGCCCACGCUCUACUCCGCAGCUGGCGGCAAGGUGGAUGACCUGGGCGACAUCGAUGGCGUCGACAUGUGGCGUAGCCUCGUAACGGGCCUCGGCUCUCCGAGAUCUGAGGUUCUGCACAACAUCGACCCCAUAUGGAACAUGUCCGCCCUACGCGUCGGCCGCUACAAGUACCUCAACGGGACUUACGGCGAUGGCCGGUACGACGGCUGGUACGAACCCCUGCAAGAGAGAGGCUUCGAGUUUGGACUCUUCGGGGUGGACAACACGUCGGGAGACAAGUACGGCCUCCGCCACCUGUACGACGACGGGGACGCCACACCUAUGACUGCUGCGGAGUACUACAAGGCGUGGCAGCAGGAACCUCCCAGUUAUCGUGAUUCCUCGUCGAGUGCGGCAAGAAGCAACACCCUCCUGGAUCGGACGUGCUUGGUGGCGCGGACAAUUCUGUCCAUCGGCCGCGCCUUGCCGAAGCACAGUCCCUGGGAAGUGAUGACGGAGUGUGGUCAGCCCAGGAAGAGUGAAUGCAAGCCGCUCGAAAAGCCUUGCCUCUUCGACAUCGAGCGAGACCCCUGCGAGAUUGACAACAUAGCCGAUGAUUACCCGCACGUAUUACGAAGCUUGGAAAACCGGCUGCAACAGCACAAGAAAACAAUGGUCCCACCACUGAACAAGCCACCUACAAAGAGAUCGGAUCCGAGAUAUUUCGAUUUCACCUGGGCACCUUAUUUGGACACUGUGUGAUUAACUUUUCUGGUUUCUAUGGAGUGUUGCUUCGUGUGAAUCAUUUUGCUCAGUAAAUCAAAUUAUCCCUCGAUGGGUUUGUCUGUCUCAUGGAGGCUUGACUAUAAGUUCUGUGCGUCGUCCUCAAGGACUGCUUUUAUAUAUUUUAUGACAGUCUAGAGACAUUUUAUUUAUCCUCAGAUAAAAGAAAAGGGAGCAAAGAAACCGGCGCAUUCCCUAGGGCUAGACGCACUCUGUAAGCAUUGGCUUACUUCUUCACUUUCGGCUAUGCCAAUAUCUUGAAUACACUCAUAAUGAUGUCUUGAUAACGACCAAUGUAACACAUAAAUGUCUUCUGUGUAGGUAUGAUUUUUUCAGAAAUAAAAUUCUCUUAAAC